CGGGGGCCGCGGCGGCGGCAGUAGCGCAGUGCGGGCGGCGGCGGCUGCUCAGCGGUGCCGGGAGCGCAAGGGGGCCGUUCCCUCCGAGCGCCUCGCCUGGAGCCCCUCCCUGCCGCCUCCGCCGCGCUCCCGCCCCUCGGGCCGAGGCUGUCACCGCGCCUGCCGCCGGGCGCCGCCAGCAUGUUUGACAGGACGCGGUUGCCCUUCGUGGCGCUGGACAUGCUCUGCGUGCUGCUGGCUGGCUUACCCCUUGGUGUUCUAAACUUGGCCAAAAUAAAACCGUAUCAGAGAGGCUUUUUCUGUAAUGAUGACAGCAUCAAGUAUCCGUUCCAUGACAGUACCAUCACAUCCACUGUCCUCUACACAGUGGGGUUCACCCUGCCCAUUUUCUCUAUAAUCCUAGGAGAGACUCUCUCGGUCUUUUAUAAUAAUUUACACUCAAAUUCAUUUGUCAGAAAUAAUUACAUAGCCACUAUUUACAAAGCCAUUGGGACCUUCAUUUUUGGGGCAGCUGCUAGCCAGUCGUUGACAGACAUUGCCAAGUACUCCAUAGGUAGACUGCGUCCUCACUUCAUUGCUGUGUGCCAGCCCGACUGGACACGGAUAAACUGCAGCCUGGGCUACAUUGAGAACUUCACUUGCCAUGGGGACAAAGCAAAAAUCAAUGAGGGAAGACUAUCAUUUUAUUCUGGCCAUUCUUCAUUCUCCAUGUACUGCAUGCUCUUCGUAGCACUUUAUCUUCAGGCAAGAAUGAAAGGAGACUGGGCAAGGCUUGUACGUCCUACCAUACAAUUUGGUCUCAUUGCUGCAUCUAUCUAUGUGGGUCUCUCACGUGUUUCUGACUACAAGCAUCACUGGAGUGAUGUUUUAACAGGACUUAUCCAGGGCGCAGUGGUAGCUGUGCUCAUUGUUGUAUAUGUGUCAGACUUCUUCAAAGUGAGAGGAUGUACAUUUCAACCAAAAGAAGAUUCCCAUACAACCCUACAUGAGACUCCAACAAAUGGAAAUCACUUUGGCAGCAAUCAUCAACCAUGAAGAAUGACCUAUAUCACCUACAUUGCUCUGAAAGAAAACAAUUUCACAAGUCUAACUCUGUAAUAUAAGUAAUGACCUUUAAGGGACUGCUGCUGCUCUUGGAUGCUCACCGUACCUGUAUAUAGUGACAUCUAUCACAGUUACUGUACAUCUAAACUUCAAAUUUCUGUUGGUUCAAGCUUCUGCUUAAAAAGAAAGCUAUUACAAUUGUAAAUUUUUAUUGAAAACUGUAACAAGUUAUAUUACAUACAAUGCUAUUUGUACAUGCCUUGUUGAAUCAACUGUGGUUUAAGUAAACACCAUUAAAAGGAAUUCCUUGAUAUGGAAGCCACGUGUGACACUGAUGAAUUUGUUCCAUCAUGUCAGUAUAGUUCUGGAAGACAUCUGCUGUUACAGAUAAAGGCUUGCAGCAAACACAA